GCCACGCCGUCAGACUUCAGUCUUCUCCCACACCGUCUUGUCGCACGUGAGACACACAGUCGCUCAUGCUCGUGCGCAAACAUACAUCGCUUUCCCCCACGCCGCCACACGCAGGCUGGUGCGGAAUAGACCAUGCAGAGCUCGGUCAGGUCGCGUCAUCUCCGUCGCUUUAUGGAAUGCAACACCGGUUAAGAUCACCGCUGAAGCAGUUCGCGUCUUUUUAAAGCGGCGGGUGGACGGAGGCGAUCGUGUCACCUUUGCGCUCGUGGCGACAGCUCUUCUUUGGAAGCGUGCGAUGGCGGAGGGAAGAGACAGCGAGGCGGCCGCGGUGGGUGGGGGCGGCGGAGGGACGGCAAGGCUGGUGGCUGGGGAGCUACGAGAGCUGUGGAGCAUGGCGGCGCCGAUCACCGCCUUGAACUGCCUGGUUUACCUGCGGGCGAUGGUGUCGGUGGUGUGCCUGGGGCGGCUCGGUCCUCUGGAGCUGGCCGGCGGUGCGCUCUCCAUCGGGUUCACCAACAUCACCGGCUACUCCGUGCUCUUCGGCCUAGCCUCCGGCCUCGAACCGCUCUGUUCCCAGGCCUACGGUUCUCGCAACUGGGAGCUCAUCUCCCUUUCUCUCCAGCGCACCAUCCUGCUCCUGCUGCUGGUCGCCGUUCCCAUCGCCGUUCUCUGGGUCAACCUAGGCCCCAUCCUCGUCGCCCUGGGGCAGGACCCCGCCAUCACCGCUGUCGCUGCCACCUACUGCCUCCACUCCCUCCCGGAUCUCCUCACCAACGCCCUUCUCCAGCCCCUCCGCGUCUUCCUGCGCUCCCAGGGCAUUACCCGACCUAUGGCCACCUGUUCCGCCGCCGCCGUCCUCCUCCACAUUCCUCUCAACGUCCUCCUCGUCUUCGUCCUCCGCCUCGGCGUCCCCGGCGUGGCGCUCGCCGCCGUCGUCACCAACCUCAACAUGGCCCUCUUCCUGCUCGGCUACCUCCGCGUGUCGCGCGCCUGCGAGCUCACCUGGCGGGGCUGGUCCCGGGCGGCCCUCCGCGGGCUCUCCCCGGUGCUCCGCCUCGCGCUCCCCAGUUGUGUCGGCGUCUGUCUCGAGUGGUGGUGGUACGAGAUCAUGACCGUGCUCGCCGGCUACCUCCCCGACCCCACCGCCGCUGUCGGCGCUACCGCCGUCCUCAUCCAGACCACCAGCCUCAUGUACACCGUCCCCAUGGCUCUCGCCGCUUGCGUCUCCACCAGGGUGGGCAAUGAGCUGGGCGCCGGGAGGCCGAACCGGGCGAAGAUGGCGGCGCUGGUGGCUCUCGGCUGCGCGGUGGUGAUUGGCGUCAUCCACGUCGUGUGGACCACCAUAUUCCGGGAGCAGUGGGCGAGGCUGUUCACGGCGGACGCGUCGGUCCUGCGCCUAGCGGCAGCGGCGCUGCCGCUCCUGGGGCUGUGCGAGCUGGGCAACUGCCCGCAGACCACCGGGUGCGGCGUGCUACGGGGGACCGCGAGGCCGGCCGUGGGGGCCCGGAUCAACCUGCUGUCUUUCUACCUGGUGGGCGCGCCGGUGGCGGUCGGGUUGGCGUUCCAGCUCCGGGUCGGCUUCGGCGGGCUGUGGUACGGCCUCCUGACGGCGCAGGCGGUGUGCGUGGUGCUGGUGCUGGCCGUGGUGCUGCUGCGCACCGACUGGCAGGUGGAGGCGCUGCGUGCGAAGAAGCUAACCAACUUGGAGUUCCCGGUUAUAGCCGAGGAGGGGAUGGGGCUAAUGAUCACCGACAGUGAUGAUGAUGAAGCCGUUCAAGUAUAGAGUGGACCAUCAAUCUCGGGCUCAAGAGCAUGACCCUCUUUGAUCAACUUGCUUGGCGGUUGUGGUUGGUAAAGGAUGGGGGAGGGAAGCUCACAAAGAAGCUUUUGGGUGAUAAGGAUGACUACUGUUGCUUUUGGGUUGGUUCUGCUGUAAAGGUUCUUUCUUCUCCCUCGUCUCACUGUGGUGUUGGAGAUGUCCAUAUCUUGGGAGGGCCAAGCACAGGUGCGUGUGGAUAGAUCGAGAGAGCUUGUCAGGCUAAGGUUCUGAAUCGAAUGAUGCCUUCAAAGUGGCUGGUGGCAUAUUGCGUUAUCAUCUUCUAAAGGUGGAAUCCUGAUAAUGGAGGGCAUCAUCAUCACCCA